GUCCGGGACCACCGCUACAACAGCCUUGGCAGUAAGGCCAAAUUUGAGCAGGACUGCGGGGCUCAGCCCGACAUGAAGGUUGGGCUUCGCUGGUUCCACGUGCUGCUGUGCAACAUCCUCAGACACGCCCCUAUCCGGGAGCAGGAGGAGUUCCUGCGGGCCUACCCCUCAGAGUUGGCUGCAUUCCACAGCAGUGGUCGCAUCAGUGCAGCGCUGACCAAGACAUACGAGCCCAGGCGCAGUUGUGGCAGCAGCAGUGGCACCCAGCACGGCAGCAGCAGCCCUAAGGCACUGAUUGGGUCGGUAACCCAUGGGUUACCCAUCGGUUACCCACCUUCAACCCCCCGUAGCCGAUUGGUAACCCCCUUGUAA